CAGCUAGAGUACUAAAGGGACAAAGAACCGCUGCUUCACAUCUCAUACUCUCCAACAGGUUGGAAACCUCAAAGUCAGCGUCUUGGAAAGUGUCUACUUCUUGUUCUUCGUCUGUCAAAAUCACUGUCUUUUCUUUCCUCGUCCUGCAUAAUGCUGCGCCCAGUUGCCAUCCACUGUCUCUUGUCCACCUUGCUGUGCAUGUGGGCGCUGUGUAACGGCCAGUCACCCUCUAGCCCCCCUGUAAUCCAGCUACGUCUAGCUGGGGAGAAGCGGAAACACUACGAAGGCCGGGUGGAAGUUUUCUACAAUGGAGAGUGGGGGACGGUGUGCGAUGAUGACUUCUCCAUCACUGCUGCCCAAGUGGUGUGCAGAGAGCUCGGCUUCAUGAAUGCCGAGUCCUGGUCGCCCUCUGCCAAGUACGGAAGUGGAGAAGGCCGUAUCUGGUUAGACAAUCUGCACUGCACUGGUGGAGAGAAGACCCUGGCUCAGUGUCACUCCAAUGGCUUUGGAGUGUCGGACUGCAAACAUUCAGAAGAUGUCGGAGUGGUGUGCACCCAAAAGCGCAUUCCAGGCUUCAAGUUCAUCCAGAACCAGGCCAACAACGAUGAGGGUUUAACGGUGCAGGUGGAGGAUGUGAGGCUCAGGGCCACUUACUCUCAGAGGAAAAGGAUUCCCAUCACUGAGGGCUUUUUGGAGGUGAAAGAUGGAGGAAAAUGGCGACAGAUCUGCAAUGAGGAGUGGACAGAGAAGAACAGCAGGGUCAUCUGUGGAAUGUAUGGCUUCCCCGGAGAGAAACGCUUCAAUGCCCGACCCUACAAAUUGCUGGCCACGCGUCGUAAGAAGAACUUCUGGGGUUUCUCGGUCAACUGCACAGGCAACGAGGCUGACCUGUCCGAUUGUAAGAUGGGUGGAGAGAUAAAGCAGAAGGGCAACAGCACCUGUGAGAAGGGCAUGCCUGUAGUGGUCAGCUGUGUGCCUGGACGUGCCUUUGCUCCUAGCGUCAGCGCCGGCUACAGGAAGGCCUACAGGUUGGAGCAACCCCUGGUGCGUCUUAGAGGCGGAGCUAUGAUUGGUGAGGGGCGAGUGGAGGUGUUGAAGAACGGGGAGUGGGGGACAGUGUGCGACGACAAUUGGAGCAUUCAAGCUGCCACCGUGGUGUGUCGAGAGCUGGGGUUCGGUAGCGCCAAAGAGGCCUUGACUGGCGCCCGACUGGGACAAGGGAUUGGGCCGGUCCACAUGAACGAGGUGGAGUGCUCUGGGUUUGAAAAGUCACUGACUGAGUGCUACUUCAACCGUGAUGCUGUGGGCUGCAGCCAUGAGGAAGACGCAGCAGUCAGGUGUAACGUUCCUGCCAUGGGCUUCAACAAAAGACUCCGGUUAAAUGGCGGCCGUAAUCCUUAUGAGGGCCGUGUGGAGGUUCUGGCAGAGAAGAACGGCUCUAUGGUGUGGGGCACAGUGUGCAGUGACAGCUGGGGGACCAUGGAGGCCAUGGUAGUGUGCAGACAGCUGGGCUUGGGCUUUGCCAGCCAUGCUUUCCAGGAAACAUGGUACUGGCAAGGAGAUGCCUCGGCUGAUGCUAUUUUGAUGAGUGGAGUGAGAUGUUCAGGAACUGAGCUAACUCUGGAUCAGUGUCUACAUCACGGGAAACACAUUCUCUGUCCCAAAGGCGGUGGACGCUUCGCUGCGGGGGUCUCCUGUACCCAGACGGCCCCAGACCUGGUCCUCAGUGCCCAGGCUGUGGAGCAGACCACCUACCUGGAGGACAGACCCAUGUACGCGCUGCAGUGUGCCCAUGAGGAGCGCUGUCUGUCCAGUAGUGCCGACAAAGCCGACCCCAGCUCCUACCGGCGCCUUCUCCGCUUCUCUUCCCAGAUCCACAACAAUGGCCAGUCAGACUUCAGGCCGCGGGCCGCACACCACUCCUGGAUUUGGCACGAGUGUCACAGACAUUACCACAGCAUGGAGGUUUUCACCCACUAUGACUUGCUGACUCUAAAUGGCACUAAAGUGGCAGAGGGACACAAAGCCAGUUUCUGUCUGGAGGACACUCACUGUGACGAGGGUAUCCAGAAGAGGUAUGCAUGUGCAAACUUCGGGGCACAAGGCAUCACAGUUGGCUGCUGGGAUACCUACAGGCACGACAUUGACUGUCAGUGGAUUGACAUCACAGAUUUGAAGCCUGGCGAUUACAUCUUCCAGGUUGUGAUAAACCCCAACUAUGAGGUUGCAGAAUCAGAUUACACCAACAACAUUAUGAGGUGCCGCUCCCGGUACGACGGACAGCGAAUAUGGACGUACAACUGUUAUAUAGGUGGCUCACAGAGUACAGAAACAGAGGAAACAUUCCCUGGACUGCUGACCAACCAGCUUUCACACAGGUAGACCAAAGAUGGACAUCAGACGGAUGGACAUUCGGGAAGCAUAUAUUGAUAUUUGACAACCACUAGAGGGAGCUGUACUGUUUUGGUUUCCUUGGAGCCGUGCUGGAAUGUUGUUGGGUUCAGGGCUCAACUGGUACAACGAGUCAAUAGGAAAAUGAACUGCUUGCUUACUAAAUCUUUUAAACCACAUUCAGCUGUACAAAAGUGUCCUUAUCGCUUAGUUUCUUAGUGCCUUUAUGGUCAGUAAAAUGUCAUUUUUGACCUGGUGCUUACUGGGAGAGACUUCAGGGAGGGUUGCAGCCAAAUAACUUAUUAAAUUAACUGUGCCAAAGAUUUCAAGAGUUUGGGAAAAGCCUCAAAACAAGGCUGCGGUCGAAUAGUAAAAAUAAAAAAUAAAAAAUGACCCCCUACGUCUUUUCCUUGACCUCGAUGUAAAAUGUCACGAGGUCAAGGAAAGAUGUGAAGGACAGUUUAUGAAAGACAACUGCGGUGCUCAGAGAAUCCAACAGUACACUAGGCUACGUACUCAUGAGACGGUGGAUGUUUUGACGUGGGUCGGCUGUGGUGAAAUUACAACUUUCCAAAGAUGGACUACUUAUAGCGCAUCUAAGAAACUUUGGAGCGUUUACUUGUUUUAUGCAGGCUCUCUAAAUGUGGAAAACCCUGUGAAAGACAUCAUUACCAAGGUUGGAAUUGGAAAAAAAAAAAUUCACAGUUACAAAAAGUAAAACGAAAUGGGUUUCAACAGUUGCUCACCCUCCUGUCCACUCAUUUUAUCAACGUGAAUCCCAAUUAGUAUAAUUGUAUGAAUUGUUAAAUUAGAAAACAUCUAAAAACGUAAGAUAGGCACAUAGUUUUUGUGCACGACCCGAAUGGUGCGUCGCUUUAAAUGUUGCUGUCACAAGGAAUUGUGGGACAGCAUUAUUGGUUUUCCUUUCGUAAAGGAUGGUCCAGUGUACCCUAUGCUAAAAAGGAGAUCAGAAAGAAAGCAUUGAAACACCUUUCUUUAGCAUUUAGAGAAUUCGGCCAGCUCUUAUCAUGGCUGCCACUUAGAUACUUCCGGGUCAUUUCACUCCGUUAGGAACCUUCCUAAGGCCGCCUACACACGAUAACCCAUUUGCUCACUGUCCACCACUAGGUACGGCGCAGAGCAAAGCGCAGGUUUACGCCAUCGAGAGUGGAAACUGGCAAAGCCAUUUCCCGUUGCUAGGUAACGACAAGUUUGUUAAUAUACACGUCAUGCCUAUUCACAAACCUGGUAAUCCCAUCCGACUGCUGACAUUACACCAUGUGUAAGUUUUUCUGCCGACUUCGUGAUAAGUCUUUAAAAAAGGUGUUGUACAGUUCAGGGAACGCCGAGACACAGAGGAUGAGCUUUUCUUCCAUUGUUGUAUACGCGUCACUUCUGGCUAAGUCGCGUACAGCGGUUAUCGUUGGUUGCGCUUUCGAUCAGGUCAGCGGCAACGAGGUCAAAGUUUAAAUAAUUUUAACUCUGAGCGCAGCACAAAGCGGCAAAUCCGAGCGCUGCGCGACGCCAGGGGUAGCACAGCGCAUAGUUGGGCAGCACCGCUCUCCUUAUCGGAAAUCAACAGAACGGCCCGCGCAAAGCGUUUAAGCAAAAAACUAUUCGAUCGCAGCCCAAAAUCCACUAGAUGAGACCUUCACCUUUAUGUUGCGUUUGCUUGGGAUGGUUGGAUGAACAAGUCUACUGCUAAACCUGGUGCUACAACUGAAUAUUGCACUGAUGUUUUUCCCCAAAACAGCUGAAUUCAAAAGUGGGGCGUUUAAAAAUCACAUUUGAUUCCACAGUAUUGGAUAGUUAAAGGUUUUAACUAGAAACUGAAAACAAAUACAGUACAUGAUUAUAAUUCCUAUAGAGCAACAUGGUACAAUCUAUGGCAAGAACAAAUAAUUCCUGUUUUUAAAAAGACUGCAUUUAACUUUCUACAAAUGAUGACAACUUGCAACCAAAACUAUAAUAUAGGCUACCUAAAGUUGGAUUUCUUUUUUCAUUUACCCCACAGUAGAUUAAUCAAACAGUUGCUUGGAUUUGUUCCCUGCAGUGUUUUCUGACAAGCUUUUCAGUCAUGGAUUGUCAAAAUUAAGUGGGAAUGUGCUUUUCUUCAAGGUUGUUAUGUUCCAUAUACUUGAGCUCACUUUUGUUUUAUUUAUUGAUUAUUGUUUUUUGGUUGUUACAGUAGACACGCAUUUUCAUCUUCAUGAUCUGAGCAUCCCCUCAGCUUCUUUCUCAAUGUCUGAGUUUUGUUACAUUAACUGGGAUAUCAUUGUGGAUGUACUGUAAAAGCCACAGAUGUAUGUGAUAAUGCCUCUUCAUUGUUUUGUGAAUUAGUUUUUUUUUUUAUUAUUAUAAAAUGUGGCAUAUUCAA